UUUACCUCAUUCUCAUUCAGUGAGUAGGCUGGUUUCGUGUGGGCUGUGGAGAUGCAUUUAUAAUGCCCUCUGUUUUUUGUAGUCUUGCCAAUCCAUGUAAAAAAAAACUCUUGCCCCGGCCAUAUAGCCUAGGGUAUAAAAGUCUAGUUAUUGUUAUUUGUCAGUCAAAUCGUGACACGUGGAUUUGACAGUGCGGCUGCUGUCACCAUUUCAUUUCAAUAGUUCUCCCGCUCAUUUGUAACGACGGGAGCUGAAAUUCCAAUCGAUCACGGGCUUAUUUUAUCACCAAAGCCACCCCCCACCCACUUCCACAGAAAGGGGAGACGGGGAGUUUUUUUUAAACUGAGCCAAAUACCGAAGUGGGCAGCACGUGCUGUUCAUAAUACACUCAAGCAACAUCUCCCUCAGGCGUUUUUUAUUUAUUUAGUUUUUUCUUUUCAGUAGCACCAACUUAUUCCGAUUCAUUUUGAUAGACUACACACCGGUUGAUUCGUGCAUUAGUUUACAACAAGAGGAUUCCCCCUCUCAAACUCGUGCACCAGGACGUCCGGUGGCUGGUGGUGUGGUCGGUUGGUGUGCAGGCAGGCAGGCAGGGCAGGAUAGGCUCCAGGCUGACCGUGUGUAGUAGUACAGUAGACUAGAAACUGCUGCAGGAGAGAUUACUAUUUUGGUACAAAGUCACAAUGAGUGCACGCGGUGAAGAAGCCGGGGAGAGUUCAGGGACCGGGACCCAGGAGCAGGAGCCAGCGGCGGCUGCAGAGGCUCCGGCCAAGCGCAGACCGGGCAGACCGAGGAAGCCUGUUAAGGAACCUACUGGAGAGCCCGUCCCUAAACGACCAAGGGGUCGUCCCAGAGGCAGCAAGAACAAAUGCCCCUCCAAGGCAGCCGCCAGGAAAGCCCUGGCCUCUGGAGAGAAGAGACCUAGAGGCAGACCCAGGAAAUGGCCAAAGCAGGUGGUCCAAAAGCCAGCUCAGGAAGAAGGAGAAGAAGAAGAGGAGGAAGAGGAGGAGUCUGGAGAGGAGGAUUAAAGAACAACAUCAUUUGACCUCUUACUUCCUUGUAGCAGUUCUUCCUCCUGGGGAACCACUGCCUUCACCACUUACUAAGGACGCUGACCCAUGACCUCUGUCCACUCUCAUAUCGUACUGUUUUCAUUUCACACUUUUGUUUGGGUUUAUUUCUUUGGGGGUUUUUUUGUUUGUUUGUUUUGAUUCUGAGAUGAACACACAGAGCAUGAGCCGCAAAAAAAACCCCGAAACACUAAAUAUGACAACAAAGAUCUGCUGUACCUCUUUACAACAACAGUAAUGUUUUAUCUGCUGUAAGGACAGAGGUUCUGGGGUUGUACCGCUGCAGGUUCUACUCCCCUCCUCCCCUGUCAUUGUCCACUGAUUCUCCAGGCUGUCUUUCUUUGAGGGAGAGAUAGAAACGUCUGUUAUUGGCAUUCAGAAAUUGCGACCAUAUGGCUGCUGUUUCAAUACAACAGAGGUCUAGAACACACACACAGACCCUCCCUCCGCCGAGUCCCGUGUCGGACCACCAAACACAGGGAGACAAGUCAGGUUAUUUUAAUCUAUCAUGUUUUUAAUCUACCGUGGAAUUGCUUUUUUUUUAUAUAUAUAUAACAAAUUGGCUUCUUUAACUUGCUAAAAUCACACCUUUUUAAUUGAUGAAUUCCUCAGUUGAGGUUGUUGGAUAUUAGCAGGUAUGUCGUUUUUUCAUCAUAUGCGUUUUACUGCCAGUUAGUCUCUUUAACCAAGAACCUUUUUCACCUGCUUUUGCUUUAGCAUUUUAUAUUGUGACAAUUAGCAUUUAUAUUGUGAUAAUUAUCAUUUUAUAUUGUGAUAAUUAGCAUUUUAUAUUGUGACAAUUAUCAUUUAUAUUGUGAUAAUUAUCAUUUAUAUUGUGACAAUUAUCAUUUAUACUGUGAUAAUUAUCAUUUUAUAUUGUGACAAUUAUCAUUUUAUAUUGUGAUAAUUAUCAUAUUAUAUUGUGACAAUUAUCAUUUUAUAUUGUGAUAAUUAUCAUUUUACAUUGUGAUAAUUAUCAUUUUAUAUUGUGACAAUUAUCAUUUUAUAUUGGGAUAAUUAUCAUAUUAUAUUGUGAUAAUUAUCAUUUUAUAUUGUGGUAAUUAUCAUUUUACAUUGUGAUAAUUAUCAUUUUAUAUUGUGAUAAUUAUCCAUUUUAUAUUGUGAUAAUUAUCAUUUUAUAUUGUGAUAAUUAUAAUUUUAUAUUGUGGUAAUUAUCAUUUUAUAUUGUGAUAAUUAUCCAUUUUAUAUUGUGAUAAUUAUCAUUUUAUAUUGUGACAAU